CGCGGCCGCCCCGGGAUAAGGCGCGGCGCCGGGCAGGGCUCAGCCCCUCCGGGAGCCGCGGGCAGCGCCGCGCCGCGCCGCGCCGUGCCCACCCGCGCCGUGCCGUGCCCACGCGUGCCGUGCCGUGCCAUGCCGUGCCCCACGGCGGCGGGCGGGCGGGGGGUAACGGGGCGCGCAGCCCCCCGGCAGCGGCCAUGAGCGCCCGGGCAGCGGGCAGCGCCUGAGCCCCCGGCCGCCCCCGCCAUGCUGCCCCGGACGGCGCGGCGGCUGCCCCGAGGCCGGCGCCUGGCGGCGCUGCUCCUGGCGGCGCUGGCGUGGGUGCCCGCCGGGGCGCCCGCCUGCCCCGCGCUCUGCACCUGCUACGUCUCGCCGCCCACCGUCAGCUGCCAGGCCAACAACUUCUCGGCGGUGCCCGCGGGGCUGCCGCCCGGCGCCCAGCGCCUCUUCCUGCAGAACAACGUCAUCGGGGCGCUGCGGGCCGGCACCUUCGGGCCCAGCACCGUCACCCUCUGGCUCUACUCCAACAACAUCUCCUCCAUCCAGCCGGGCACCUUCCGCCACCUGCCCGCCCUCGAGGAGCUCGACCUGGGCAACAACCCCCACCUCCGCGCCCUGGCGCCCGACACCUUCCACGGCCUCGGGCGCCUGCAGGCGCUGCACCUCUACGGCUGCCAGCUGGCCAGCCUGCCCAGCGCCAUCUUCCGCGGCCUCCGCAGCCUCCAGUACCUCUACCUGCAGGAGAACGGGCUGCUCUACCUCCAGGACGACCUCUUUGUGGACCUGGCCAACCUGAGCCACCUCUUCCUGCACGGGAACCGGGUGCGGGCGCUGUCGGAGGGCGUCUUCCGGGGCCUGGCGAGCCUGGACCGCCUGCUGCUGCACGCCAACCGCCUGGCCUCCGUGCACCGGCGCGCCUUCCGCGGCCUGGCCCGCCUCACCAUCCUCUACCUGUUCAACAACAGCCUGGCGGCGCUGCCGGGGGACCCGCUGGCCGCCCUGCCCGCCCUCCAGUUCCUCCGCCUCAACGCCAACCCCUGGGCCUGCGACUGCCGCGCCCGCCCGCUCUGGGCCUGGUUCCGCCGCACCCGCGUCUCCAGCUCGCCCGUGCUCUGCGCCAGCCCCCCGCGCCGCCGCGGCACCGACCUGCGGCACCUGCGCCCCGCCGACUUCGACGGCUGCCCCCCGCCCCGCGCCCACGAGGGCGAGGAGGAGGAGGAGGAGGAGGAGGAGGAGGAGGAGGAGGAGGGGGAGGCGGGCGACGGCGCGGCCCCCCCCGCGGCCCCGGCCCCCGGGCGCCCCGGCACCCUGCCCGCCGCGCCGCCCUCCGCUUUCUACCGCGACCUGCCCCCCCACGACCUGCGGGGCCCCCAGGCCCGCCCGCACCCCAGCGACUACUGGGGGGGCUACGGGGCCGAAGGCCGCCCCCCUCCCGAGGCGGCCGGGCGCUGCCGCGGGGCCCCCUGCACCCCGCUGCCCUCGCCCGCCCCCGCCGCCCCCCGGCCCCCCGCCCUGCUGCUGCUGCCCCUGCUGCUGCCCCGGCUCUGAGCCCCUCGCCCAGGACCUGCCGGGGGGCCCCAGGGCACGGGGGGGGCCCCCAGGACUCCGACACCCCCCCUCCCCCAACCCGGGGGGCUGCCCCCUUUCCCAACCCCCCCCCCGCCCCCCCAAGGAACCGAAACGUGGGAAAUUAUUUAUUAAAAAUGGUCUUAUUUUGGGAGA